AUGAAGUGUCUUCUCAAAGAUGCCGACAGACGACGACAUGAAAAUGAAACCAUUUUCAAUUGGAUCUCAGAGAUCAAAGAUCUUGUGUACAGAGCCGAAGCUGCCAUUGAAAGACACGCAGCUUAUCAAGUGUGUUCAAGGAGAAGACGAGGCCGAGGCCUCACACAGCUCAUCCGCAGAUGUAGUUGUAGUUUGGAAGAAUGCUACUCGAUCCACAAACUAGGCUCCGAGAUUUCACCAAUCAAAUCCCGACUUGAAAGGAUAAACAAGGAAAUGUUAGAAAGUGGCAUAAAGAAGAGCAUCAUCGACAAUACAGAUGAAGGGGAAAGCUCGUCCGCCAAUAACAGGGCAAGGAAGACCUUCCCUGAAUUCGUGAUCGGAGACUGUUUUGUGGGGAUGAAGGACGAGCUCAAGCAGCUUCUUCAUCUCCUAGUGGAAGACGAAAAACAUCGAAUAAUUUCAGUGUGGGGAAUGGGGGGAUCAGGCAAGACCACCAUUGCCAAAAAGCUCUACAACGAGAACAACACCAGCUUUGAUCUUUCCGCAUGGGUUUGCAUUAGUCAGCAAUGUCAGAGUUUUCAAUCAGUUUGGAAUGAUGUUCUCAUGCAGCUACAACAUCAAAACUCAAAGGAUGGGCCAAAAAUAAGGGAGGAUGUUACAAGUUUGAGCGAGUGUGUUGUGGAAUUGCUUGAAUGA